AUGAAACUCGUGUUGUUCGCGCUACUCUGCGUGACUGUCGUCUACGGACGUGACAAGGACUGGCGUGAGUGGGAAGACAAGCAUACUUCAACUGAUCUGGAUUUCCCUGAUGUAGUCGAUGCACAGUGGAGCGAGCGUGUUUGUACCUUUACGACAGAAUGGGGAUAUUCAUCGCAGAAAUGUUGCCCCGGGUGGACUGGGUCGAUCGAAAGGGGAUGCCCAACACCUAUUUGUAAUUCACAAUGUCAGAAUAAUGGAAGAUGUAUUAAUCCCGAUGUCUGCCAGUGUCAGCCUGGCUACACUGGAAAGUACUGUCAAUCCAUCAGGAAAGGUCUGUGUUGGACAGAUUGGAUGGACUCGGAUGACCCGUACUAUGGUGAUGGAGACGAUGAAACGCUUCCCAAAUUACGCAAGGAGUAUGCUGUCUGCAAACACACUGUUCCCGAACACAUUGAGUGUGAGACCACUGGAGGCAUACCUGUAGUGGGGAGAGAAAGAAAUAAUGUGGAAUGUAAUCGUCGUAGUGGCCUUACCUGUAGAAACACACCUAAGACAACAUGCGAAGAUUACAGAGUUAGGCUUCUCUGCCCAUGUCAAAAAACUGGAAACACAAAAACUUGCACACAUCACGGCAAAGAGUUCAAUCCACAGGAAACUAUUCAAGAAGAAUGUAACACAUGUACCUGUGUUGCCACUGGACAGUGGAGCUGUACUGAGGAGGAUUGUAAGAAUAAGAAUACUGGCACUAAUGACCCCUCAGAUAGAUUUGGUAUAUGUCUGUAUGGAUCAAAACGCUAUAGAACGUUUGAUAGAAUAAGCCAUGGCAACUCUAGAUGUACAUGUCUGCACAGUGGUGGAUGGGAGUGUACUUCUAGACAUGUUACCUUGACAACAGGACAGUGUGCUACGAUUGAUGGGGAAUUGUAUGAAAACAAUGAUAUUCUCGAUAAUGACUGUAAUAAGUGUGUCUGCUACAAUGGGGAAUGGAAAUGUACAAGUUUUCUAUGCCCUCCGCUCAAUCCCCUUAGCGAGAUAGAAAGUAUGUGUUACGUACAAGAUGCAACGUACCAUGAGGGCAGCAUUUACCGCAGAGACUGCAACAUAUGUGUUUGUACGCAAGGCAGGUGGGAUUGCAGCAAGGAUACGUGUAAUGUAAAUCAGAUUAUUACUCACCCAAAGACGUGCACGAACCUAGAUGGCGUCACGUAUGCUGAUGGACUGAUUGUCAACAGAGAUUGCAAUGCAUGCAUGUGUGUUAAUGGUGUUUGGGCCUGUACCAGACGUUACUGUGAACCCAACGUUUACCCGGAUACUCUGUGUGUGGACACAAUGACUGGUGCACCAGUCAGGUCUGGCCACAGCAUUGCCCAGGACUGCAAUAUAUGUGUGUGUAACAGUGGCAGCCUGACAUGUACUGACUUCCCGUGUUCAGUCAGUAUUUGCGUAGAACAACAGAGGAAGUACGAUAACUCAAGUCCUCUACCUGGAUCUUAUCGGCCAUCUUGCAAUGCGGAUGGUUCAUUCGCUUCUGUGCAAUGUACGCAGGAUAACAAGUUGUGUUUCUGCGUGGACAGAGAUGGCAAUCGUAUCCCAGGGACAUUCUCCACAGAAGCUACACCCAACUGUUCUCCAUACACAGCACCAGUGCAAAAAACAGAUAAAGAAACUGAUUUGUUAGAUGCAACAACAACAAAUUGUGAAACACAGCGGAAGAUUUCUGAAUCAACUCCAGGUCUGUAUCCACCCCAGUGUGAAAGCAAUGGUAGAUAUUCUCCUAUGCAAUGCAACCCUGGGACAUGGAUUUGCCACUGCGUUGAUAUCAAUGGUAUUACUAUACCCGCUACAGUCACUCAUGUUUCAGAAGGCAUGCCUGAUUGUGAGCAAUAUAGAGAAUUUAACAUGCAAACUAUGACUCCAGGAAAAACUCUGUUGUUCAAUAUAACUGCCAAUGCUACAACUACACCAUGUUCCAUUGCACGCAAUGUAAGCAGCAAUCUAGGACUACCGGCACCAAGCUGUGAAGCUGACGGCACAUUUAGUUUAUUGCAAUGUACGUCUGAAAUGUGUUACUGCGUUAAUAUGCAAGGUGUGCUGAUUACCGAUACAGUUACACCAAUAGGACCAAACGUCAGACGGGUCAAACUAGAAUGUGAAAACUACCGCAAAGCAACUUUGAUUACAUCAACACCGAGAAGUACAGGUCCCCAAUCGACUAAUACAGUGACAGAUAAUAGCGACACAACCACACAAAUAGAGCCGUGUUUCAGACAUCAAGAGUUGGCUAGAACAUUGAGUAUCACACCAAUGGUGUGUUACCCUAACAACGGUACAUUUGUACCACUGCAGUCUACUCAGGAGAUAUCGUACUGUGUUGAUAUAAAUGGCGUAACAAUCCCUGGCACUGUGACUGUGAUACCUGCCCAUGGAUCCAUACCAAACUGUGAGCUGUAUAGGCAAUUUGCAUUGACAUCUAUGAGCAGGACUUUUGACAUGGACAUCUCAAUUGUCACUCCAAUUACCUUCAUGACACAUUUGGGACCACAAACUAUGUUUAUUAUUCCAAUUCCUGACACGACCGUUUCACCGAUUGUUCUGCCAGACAAUUUGCAAGACACUAAUACUCUCCCUAAAUGUACACGUAUGCAAUUAAUUGCCAUGACAAUGGGUGUACCAACACCAACCUGUGAAUCUGAUGGUAGAUUUACUCCACUUCAGUGCACCCGUACAACUUGUUCAUGCGUAGACACCGAGGGAAUGACGCUAGACAUCACAGAAGUCAGACCAGGGUUCACUAAAAUUAUCAAUCGCACAUACUGUGAAUCAUUCAGAAAUGUGACCAUCACACCAGUCAACUCAACACUUUCAAAGAACUGGGGUCCCAAAUCCCCUUGUUUCCAACACAUUGAACUAGCUAACAAGCAUGGACUGAGUACAUUGAAUUGUUCUAUAUACAAUGGCACAUUCAUUCCACGACAAGUCAGACGAACAAAUAUCACAAUGUGUGUGGAUGUAAAUGGAGUUACCAUUCCAGGUUCAGUGUUCAAAGCAUGCCGUCAAAUGCGUCCAAGCAAUUACUGUGAUGUAUACAGACACGUUAAUCUAACAGAGGUCAUGAUACCGAUUCCAAACCCAGUUAUUCGUCCUUUCACUACCGUGACACCAUACGGACCACAGACUCUUUAUGUUGUACCAGAAAGCCCCUUGAUGGAUAGCCUGCUACCACUCAUCAACACAACUACUCCAGUACUUGAUACUAUAACUUACACUCAAACUAUGUGUAAUCGUAUGUCCCGAAUGCUGAUUGCCUUUGGAAUAGAUCAUCUAUUCUGUCAUCCUGAGAAUGGGACAUUUAGCCCCAUGCAGUGUAAAGAAGAUAUUUGUACAUGUGUGGACACACAGGGGAUGAUUAUACCAGGCAUGCUUAAACUAAGACAUCAAUUAAACUGUGAAAAAUACAGGAAUGUGACUCUUACUUCACCUAAUACUGUGCAAACCACAGUGGAUGUGACCGAAACAGGAGCAAUUAUUACAACAACCAAACAUAUUCCUGUUUGUACCAAGCAUCGACAGUUAGCAAGACAGCAUGGUAUUGAACCCCUAACAUGUCAUUCUGAGAAUGGUACCUUCACUCCAUUACAAUGCUGGGAGAACGUUUGUUACUGUGUUGAUAUAAAUGGUGUAACUAUUCCACGAACUGUCACUUUAGUUGAUAAGAUGGGACGUCCUUCUUGUGAACAAUUCAGAUACGUCAAUUUGAGUACUUCUAUUACUGUUCCACCUAUGCCGUUGUUAACGCCGGUCACCGUACAGAAGCCAGAAGGUCCAACCACUGUAUGGAAUGUACCUAAUUACCCACACACCAUUGCAACAUCACCGAUCACUACAAAGAGUAAUCCAAGCGGCCAUUUUGAAUAUAAUGAAAAUUAA